CGCUCAGUGAGAUCACGUGGCGUGUUUUGUUGACGGUUGUCGCUACGUUCUGCGAUGAUUUUACGGGUUAAUCCAGGCGCUGGUGCAAUGUCAUCUCGCUAGCAGGCAGCAAACUGAAGAAAAACCUAGACCUGGCUGCAAACGACCGUAGGUUUACUGAUGCCUAGUCGACCCUCGAUAGUGUUGGUGAAGGAAUAAGCUUCGCAGUGAUGGUUACACUAUCUUUUUAAGACAAUAAAGAGGAUUUGUUUCACCUCGACGGGAAGAAGGACCACAUCUUGUGAAGUGCCGAAAGCCUGCCUUUUGAGCCACUGACUGGGCUUUGUCUUGUGCAUUGAUCAAAAUGGCUGUCAUGCGACAAUUUGGACUACUGGUGUGGAAAAACUAUCUUCAGCAGAAACGUCAAAUCCUGGUAACGCUGGUGGAGAUACUCCUGCCCCUGCUCUUCUCUGGCAUCCUCAUUGUGCUGCGGCAGAAAGUGCCUUUUAAAGACUACCCGAAUGCCACCAUUUAUGAGAGCUAUGCUGUCGACGCUCUGCCGAAGAGAUUCCUGCAACACUUACAGCUGGCCUAUGUGCCCGGCAACUCCAGUGUGGUGCGUCAGGUGGCAGAGGAUGUGCGAGGCAGCCUGUUUCUCUCUUCAGUGCGUGGCUUUGAGACAGAGGAGCAGUUUGAGGAUUAUGUGAGAAAUGACCCCCUGUCAGGAAAACUUCUGGCUGCUGUGGUGUUUGAGCACCCUUUCAGCCGUGAUGAUGAACCUUUGCCGCAAAAGGUGAGCUACCACCUGCGAUUCUCCUUCACGCCACGCAAUGCCCCACCAAAGGAGAAGUCGGAGCUGAACCCGAACAGUGACCUGGACUGGCACACGCUCAGCCUCUAUCCCCUUUUUCAGAUGCCAGGGCCAAGAGAGCAGUAUGACAAGGAGGGGGGCACGCCUGGUUAUUUCCGCGAGGGCUUUCUGGCAGUGCAGCACGCGGUGGACCGAGCCAUCAUGCGCUCUUACAACAGAACCGCUGCUGCUCCUCUGCUGCGACAGAUCAGAGUGGUCCUGUCGCGGUUUCCAUACCCUGCCUUUAUAUAUGACGUCUUCAUCCUCGCCAUUCAGAACCAACUGCCCCUGUUAUUGGUGCUCAGCUUCACCUACACCUCCCUCAACAUAGUACGAGCGGUGGUGCAGGAAAAGGAGAGGAAGCUCAAGGAGUACAUGAGGAUGAUGGGUCUUAGCAACUGGCUCCACUGGAGCGCCUGGUUCCUCAUGUUUUUCCUGUUCCUCUCCAUUUCAGUAUUUUUUGUUACUCUGUUGCUCUGCAUCCAGGUGAGCCCUAACGGAGCAGUGCUGACCUACAGUGACCCCACUCUGGUCUUUGUCUUUCUGCUCGUCUUCACUGUGGCCACCAUCAAUUUCAGCUUUAUGAUCAGUGCCUUCUUCUCACGAGCCAAUGUGGCAGCACCAGUAGGUGGCUUUAUCUAUUUCCUGAGCUACCUGCCUUAUUUGUUCCUGUGGCCACGCUAUGACCUACUGAGCCAUGCCCAGAAGGUGUCAGCAUGUCUCAUCUCCAACGUGGCUAUGGCCAUGGGUGCUCAGCUUAUAGGAAUGUUUGAAGGCAAAGGUACAGGAAUCCAGUGGCAUAACCUAUUUGACUCUGUGACAGUGGAUGAUGACUUCUCCCUGGCUCAGGUUCUCUUCCUGCUGCUGUUUGACUCUGUGCUUUACGGGCUGGUGGCCUGGUACAUGGAGGCGGUUUUUCCUGGAGAAUAUGGCGUGCCUCUACCGUCUUACUUCUUUGUACUGCCUUCAUACUGGUGCAGCAGCCCUCGUAUGGCUUUGGUGAAUGAGAAGGAGGAAGAGGAGGAUGCAGAAAAGGCUCUGAAAGGAGAGUUUAUAGAGGAGGAGCCAGCAGGACUAGUCUCUGGGAUCAAGAUUAAACACCUCGCUAAGGAAUUCAAAGUGGGCAACAAGACACGGAAGGCAGUGCGGGAUCUUACGCUGAACAUGUUUGAAGGACAAAUCACGGUACUGUUAGGACACAACGGUGCUGGGAAGACCACAACACUGUCCAUGCUGACAGGUCUGUUUCCCCCCACCAGUGGUAGGGCCUAUAUCAAUGGCUAUGACAUCUGUCAGGACAUGGCUCUGAUUCGCCGCAGUCUGGGACUCUGUCCCCAGCAUGAUGUACUAUUUGAUAACCUUACAGUCAGAGAGCAUCUGCUCUUCUAUGCACAGUUGAAAGGCUACUCCAAAGAAAAAAUUCCUGAUGAGGUGGAUCGGAUAAUUCGUAUCCUGAACCUUGAGGACAAGCGAUGUGCUCGCUCCAAGACCCUCUCUGGUGGCAUGAGGAGAAAACUCUCCAUUGGCAUUGCCCUUAUUGGAGACUCUAAGGUGGUGAUGUUAGAUGAGCCCACAUCAGGUAUGGACCCAGCAGCUCGACGUGCCACCUGGGACCUUCUGCAAGGGGAAAAGCGUGAUCGCACCAUUCUGCUCACCACGCACUUUAUGGACGAGGCCGACCUGCUUGGUGACCGUAUUGCCAUCAUGGCAGGAGGAGAGCUGCAGUGCUGUGGGUCACCACUCUUCCUUAAGAACAAAUACGGUGCUGGCUACCAUAUGGUGAUAGUAAAAGAUGCACUUUGCAAUGUGUCCGAAAUCACCCGCCUUGUCCACAUGUAUGUUCCGAACGCCACAAUGGAGAGCAGCGCUGGAGCUGAGCUUUCUUACAUCUUGCCCAAAGAAAGCACCAGCAGGUUUGAGCUGCUGUUUGCUGAGCUGGAGAUGAACAGAGAGGAACUGGGCAUCGCCAGCUAUGGAGCUUCAGUAACCACAAUGGAAGAGGUUUUUCUAAGAGUGGGAAAGUUGGUGGACUCUAGUUUGGACGUCCAGGCUAUCCAGCUGCCGGCCUUGCAGUACCAACAUGAGAGACGCUCCCAUGACUGGACAACAGAUGAUGCUAGCAGCAUCAGCGGCAUGACCGAUGUCACCGACUUCACAGACAGUGGCACGCUCAUUUCAGAGGACUGCUCCAAUAUCAAGCUGAACACAGGGGUCAGACUGCACCUGCAGCAGUUUUAUGCCAUGUUCCUGAAAAGGGCACUGUACAGCUGGAGAAACUGGAAAGUGAUGGUGGCGCAGUUCUUGGUUCCUUUGGUCUUCACUGUUGUAGCUUUAGUUGUGGUACGCACUUUUCCCAAUCACCAGAAUGCUCCUCAGCUGAGGCUGGCACUCAGUCGCUAUGGCCCCACCAGGGUGCCUGUUGCUCUGCAGCCUGGGUCAGGUCCCCUGGCGUCCGCCCUGGCAUAUACAUACAGUUCACAGCUCUCUGCCCAGCUAGGCCAGCUCAUCAACAUUACUGACUUUACUGAUUACAUCCUGACCCAGGCAGAGGAAGAGGGCGGCGUCUUUAAUGAGCGUUGCGUGGUGGGUGCUGCUUUCCGUGGCAGCAGCAGUCACUUUGCAGAAGCAACAGCCUACUUCAAUAAUGAGGGCUACCAUACACCUGCCACAGCCCUCAUGAUGGUGGACAAUGCUCUCUUCAAACUUCUAGCAGGGCCCGAGGCUUCCAUCCAGAUGGGCAAUUACCCCAUGCCACGCAACCUGUCUGAGAUCGCUCAGAGCCAGCUCACUGAGAGUAAGACAGGCUUUGCCAUUGCUAUCAACUUGAUGUAUGGUAUGGCCUCCCUAUCCAGCACCUUUGCCCUGCUGCUUGUUACAGAGUCCUCUAUUAAAUCCAAGCAUGUGCAGCAGGUCAGCGGUGUCUACCUGUCAAACUUCUGGCUGUCAGCCCUGCUGUGGGAUCUAGUCAACUUCCUGCUGCCCUGUCUUCUCAUGCUGGUGGUAUUCAGGGCAUUUGGAGUUGAGGCCUUCGUAGAGGAUAACCACCUGGUAGAUGUGUUGUUAAUACUGCUGCUCUAUGGCUGGGCUGUUGUGCCUCUUAUGUAUCUUCUGAGCUUUUUCUUCUCCACUGCUGCUACUGCCUACACUCGCCUCACCAUCUUCAACAUGAUCUCUGGCACAGCCACCUUCCUGGCUGUCACCAUCAUGACCAUCCCAGAGUUGAACCUGCAGGACCUCUCUCACUUACUUGAUAAGGUGUUCCUGAUCUUUCCAAACUACUGCCUGGGCAUGUCCUUCAGUCAGUUCUACCAGAACUAUGAAUUCAUCUCGUUUUGCACCUCCAGCCCUAUUAGCAAGGAAAUCUGCAAGUACUUGAACAUCACAUACCAGCUAAACUACUUCUCUAUGUUGGAGCCUGGUGUGGGACGCUUCCUUGUGGCCCUUUCAAUUCAGGGACUAGUCUUCAUUAUUCUGCUCUUUGUCAUUGAGCUGCAGUGUGUCCGUACUCUCUGGCGGCUCCUCACCUCCCUGUGCCGAAGACGCAAACAGUUACCUCUAAUAGAGGAUUCAGCGGUCCUUCAAGAGGACAGAGACGUGGCUGAUGAGAGGAAGAGGGUCCUGGAGUGCCAGCCUGUAGUGGAGUCUAUGGUUGGUAGCCCGCUCAUACUGCAGGAGCUCAGCAAGGUGUACAGCAGUGGGACAAAUAUUCUGGCUGUAGACAGGCUGUCUCUUGCCGUAGGUAAAGGGGAGUGUUUUGGCCUCCUGGGCUUCAAUGGAGCAGGGAAGACCACAACCUUUAAGAUGCUGACAGGUGAUGAGAGUGUUACCUCUGGGGAUGCUUACAUUGAUGGAUACAGCAUCUUGAGAGACAUUAAGAAGGUACAGCAGCGCAUUGGUUACUGUCCUCAGUUUGAUGCUGUAUUGGACCACAUGACAGGAAGAGAAACUCUCAGCAUGUAUGCCAGGCUCAGAGGAAUACCAGAGAAGUAUGUGUCUGGCUGUGUGGAGAACGUCCUGAGGUCGCUGCUGCUCGAGCCUCAUGCUGAUAAACUGGUCCGCAACUACAGCGGUGGUAACAAGCGGAAGCUGAGUGCGGGUAUGGCUCUGAUUGGUGGGCCUCCAGUCAUCUUCCUGGAUGAACCUUCAACUGGGAUGGACCCUGUGGCCAGGAGGCUGCUGUGGGAUGCUGUUACACGCACACGAGAGUCUGGCAAGGCCAUAAUCAUCACUUCUCACAGUAUGGAGGAGUGUGAGGCCCUGUGUACCAGGCUGGCAGUGAUGGUCAAUGGUCAGUUCAAGUGCCUCGGGAGUCCCCAACACCUGAAGAGCAAGUUUGGCAGUGGCUACACCCUGCUGGCUAAAAUGCACAUAGAGACUGAGCUGGAGGACAGAGAUCUGCAGCUGUUUAAAGACUUCAUUGAGAGCACCUUUCCAGGAAGUCAACUAAAGGAUGAACACCAGGGAAUGGUGCACUAUCAUUUGACUGACAAAACACUAACCUGGGCCCAGGUGUUUGGCACUUUGGAGGCAGCCAAAGAGAAAUACCACAUUGAAGACUACUGUGUGAGCCAGAUAUCACUGGAGCAGGUGUUCCUCAGCUUUGCCCAGUUCCAGCACUGCACAGAGAGUGGCAGGAAGUAGCUGGAGCGAGGGCUCCAUCCAUCCAUCGUUUAUUUUCUACAGAACGUGCAGAACCUGUGUAUAUGGACUUGUCUCCAUUACACAGCAGGUGUUUACACAGACUGGAGCAGAGCAUGGUUUAUUUCCAGCUCCAUUUUUACUUUGACCAAAACACACACACACACACACACACACACACACACACACACACACACAUACACAUACACACAGGGCCAGCCCCUAAACAUCAAAUCCAACAUUUCUGCUACUCUAUCAUGUUGGUGCAUCUUUGUUGAAUUAUUCAUGCCUCUGUUGUUGUGUAAAAAAUUGGAAUUCAGACAUGUGGGGAUGCUGAUUAUAACAAGUAAUGAACUCUUGAGUGCUGCACUUUUUUAAUGAGGUCAAACACAAUGUCAGCACUCAUUAAACACUACCACUACACUUAAUUGUAUGUGACAGGGUUUGUUUGUGUGUAUGUGUGCACUUAUGUAUGUGCAGAUUUGUGUUAUUUAUGAUUUUAUAUUAGUUGAUCAUGUUUCUAAAUCAUCAAUCAUCACAAGAGAAUGAACUCCAUUUGAUAUGUUUAUGAAAUUGUUGCACAGAUGUGAGCCUUAUCUAACUGACAGUUUUCAUUUCUGUUCAUUGCCCUGUACAAAACACCUGCACCUCAAGAGCCUCUUAAUGUUGUUGCCAGAUGUAAAUAAUGUGAGAGAUUCAUGGUCCUAAAACCACUUAGUCAUUCAGCCCAGAGCAGAACUUUUACUCAUUUCAGGACUGUUGUGAGUUCACUGAUGAAUGUAUACAUAAAAUUGCGAGUGCAUGAUUCAUUAUUGAGGAUUUAUCCUCAGAGUACAUGCAGCCCUGUGACUACAUUUUGUAUCCCUCCGCUGUUCGGCUUGUGAAUUUUGUUCUUGCUGCCAAACAAGUUAAAGCAAGUGUGAUACCAUAUUCAACUGUUAAAGUUCACAUGGAAGAAAUAUUGAAAUUGUUGUGUGAUGCAGGAGAUUAUUUUCUACUGUUGCUGCUGUUGCAGUAAAGUUGGAGGUGUUGAUCUGUAGUCAAGCUGCAUCAGACUGCAUGUGGCUGAUGUGGACCUAGAACAACAAGGCUGUUUUUGCACAUUCUUCUUUGGUUUUCUGCAGCUAUGCAUUUCACUGAGUACACCUGUGUGUGUGUGUGUGUGUGUGUGCGCUUGGUAUUCCUCACACUGAAGGGGCUACAACCUUCUUACACACUUGCACUGUGACAAUUUUAGGUUGACAACUUAGUUUAAGGUUAGGCACGUGAGUAAGAGUAUGGGAAUAUACACUAUGAAUCCUGAAUUCAUCCAGAUUAUAUUAAAAUAGUGCUAUAGUCCUUAAAUAUGUUAACCAAGAGAUUGCUACUGUGCAGUGGACAAACCUUUCUUUUCUGUCAUCUUUAAUGUGGAGCUGCUCCUUUAGGGAAUGCCAAGAUAUUCAUUAAUAAGGCCCAUCAAUGGGAUGGAUAGUAACAUUUAACUAAGGCCUCUGCAGACAAAUUGGAGAAAGAAUGGUCACUGUUUGGUCCUUUUUUUAUAAUGCUCAGAAGAUGCCCGUUUAUCACACUCCCAGAACUUUAUUUUAACUUUAAUAUCAAUAU